GUAGUGACGUUGCCGGGCCCCGCCCCCCGUUGUCCUCCAUUCAUUCGGUGUGUGUGUAGCGGCGGGAGAAGAUGGUGGAGAAGGAACAAACGGUGAUUAGUGAGGAGGAGGCCGCGCAGUAUGAUCGCCAGAUCCGCCUGUGGGGACUGGAGGCGCAGAAUAGGCUUCGCAAAUCCAAAGUCCUUCUGGCUGGCAUGAGCGGUUUGGGUGCUGAAGUGGCAAAGAAUCUUAUCUUGGCGGGAGUUCAGGAACUGACAUUACUGGACCAUCAGCUGGUGUCAGAAGAAGACUCUCGGGCCCAGUUCUUAAUACCAACUGGAUCACUUGGUAGCAACAGAGCAGAGGCUUCUGAAAAGCGAGCUCAGAAUCUCAACCCAAAUGUCAAAGUGAAAGUGGACACAGAAAAUGUUGAGUCUAAAUCUGAGGACUACUUCAAGCAGUUUGAUGCUGUAUGUCUGAGCUGCUGCUCGAGAGACUUGCUCGUAAAAGUUGACCAGAUCUGCCACCAAAACAGCAUCCAGUUCUUUGCGGGAGAUGUCUUUGGUUAUCAUGGAUACAUGUUUGCUGACCUGGGAGAACAUGAAUUUGUUGAGGAGAAGAUGAAGGUGACAAAAAAUAAUAAGGAUGCUGAAGAUGGUCCAGAGGCUAAGAAAGCAAAGAUUGAUGCUACAGAGAGUACAAUGAUUAAAAAGAAAAUAGACUUCUGCCGCUUGAAGGACGCUUUGGAAAUUGACUGGAGCAGCGAAAAAGCAAAAGUUGUGCUCAAGAAAACACCUGCUGAUUUCUUCCUUUUGCAAGUAAUAAUGAAGUUCCGUACAGAUAAGGGGAGAGACCCCAAGCCCAGCACAUUUCAGGAAGACUCUGAUCUCUUGCUGCAGAUUCGCAAUGAUCUUCUGGAUUCCAUGAGUGUUAACCCUGAUCUCCUGGAAGAAGACUUUGCUAGCUAUUGUUUUUCUGAGAUGGCACCCGUCUGUGCAGUGGUAGGAGGUGUUUUGGGUCAAGAAAUCGUGAAGGCCCUAUCCCAACGAGAUACCCCACAUAACAACUUCUUUUUCUUCAACGGGCUUAAGAGUAAUGGCAUUGUUGACUGUUUAGGGGGCAAAUAAUUUGAAGGAUGCUCUUGGACUGUUUUGCAGAGCGUUAUGGGAUAUUUGCAUAGAUUGGACCAAUGGCACCUUUUUAGAUGCUUUACCUCACCAUUAAAGGACAGCUCCACCCGAAGGUGAUAUAAAUUUUUUGAUGGGCACUGCUGGGUUGAGUUACCUGGCUGCUUUAUGUUUCUUUCAGGUUUGCCCUUGAUGAGAUUUUCCAAGGUUUUUGUGUUUUUGCCCCUCCACAAGGCCAUUUUAAGUUGCCCCUCACAGUUGACCUCCUGGGUUUUUUUUUUUUUUUAACAGCAGAAUCUGUGAGGCAGUGUCAGUUCAUUAUUUGGUGUUUUUUAUUUGAUGGGUAACUGGGAAUUCUGAUAAGUAUCUCUCACCAAUGGACUCUUAGAUAUAUAAAAGUUGGCAUAGCCUUCAGCUUGCCAGCAAUUGUGCAAAAUGAUAUCGGUUUUGGAUGGAUUUGUCCUUUUUUUACAGAUGAGCUGAUUUGUGAAGAUGGUAAGCAAAUUAAAUCGGGCUCGAAGUGGGUAUUUAAGCCUUUCUGAGAAUUGUAAUGCCAAACAGUGAAUAAACAAGCCUGUUCCAUUA